GCAGGGUACCUCAGUUAAAACCAUGACCAGGUGGGCACGAACUAACACAGCACAUAACAAGAAAGCUUUCAAAGCAACAUCAUGGGAAGACAUGAAGAAGGGAUCUACGGUACAAGCAACCCCAAAUCUACAAAAGCAUAAACAGUUUCAUUCCAGUGGCCUCUCCCUUAAGAAUGAUGUAACUCAAUCAAAAAACAAAAAGAAAACAUCUUAUACCAAUCAAGAUGUAAAUGGGUUCAUGGAAUAUCUAAGACAGAAUGGAAAUGUGACUGCAGUGGGUAGCUCAGAAAUAAGAGAAGAAAUAACAGUAGCUCUCAAAAAAGAUAGUCGCAGAGAAGGAAGGAGGUUGAAAAGACAAAAAAUAAACAAAAAUGCAAAGGUUUGUUACCAUUGCAGAAAACAAGGCCAUGGAGUGGCUGACUGCCCCGCAGUUCUUGAGAGUCAAGAUAUAGGCACUGGAAUCUGUUACCACUGUGGUUCUACUGAACAUGAAAUAACUAAAUGCAAAGCCAAAGUAGACCCAGCUAUGGGAGAAUUUCCUUUUGCAAAAUGUCUCAUUUGUGGAGAGAUGGGACACCUAUCUAGAUCUUGUCCUGAUAAUCCUAAAGGACUUUAUGCUGAAGGUGGGGCUUAUAGACUUUGUGGUUCUGUAGAAUAUUUUAAGAAAGAUUGCCCUGAAAACCAGAAUUCAGAUCUCAUGGUCACAGUUGGUUGUUGGGCUGAGGGGAUGAGUACAGAUUAUGGAGAAAUUUUAGAGGCUCCCAAACCACAGAAACCCAAAACAGCAGUAGUCAAGGUUGUUAAUUUUUGA